AUGUCCACUCCUUGGGAGCAAAGUGCCUGGACUGCACGUACGCCAACGCAUACUCGAUUUGCGCAUAUGUACGAUGUGGAGCAAUUUGUUGAAGGGUUUCGCAAUGCAGGACUCAAUGCAGCGUGCGUCGUUGAGAUGAUGAAGGACGGUGCAUCGGAAAAGUCCUUACGUGAAGCAUUAUGCGUGGUUCAGGAGAACGAUGCCGGAUGGUAUGAUAGGAUUAAGUGUGUCGUCCCACAGGGGAUUAGUCGGUACAAAGCAGAAGAAGGUAAAGGCGAGGAACUGGUGUAUGUACAAAGCAGGUAG